AUGGCGGACCUCACUUUAUGCGCGUUCCUCACCAAGGUGCUGUGUGCUCACGGCGGCCGCAUGUUCCUGCAGGACCUGCGCGGCCACGUGGAGCUGUCGGAGGCGAAGCUGCGGGCCGUGCUACGGCGCGCGGGCCCGGGGCGCUUCCUGCUGCAGGAGGUGGAGCUGCGCGACGGCCCGUGGGACGCGGAGGCCGAGGUGGCGGCGGGCGCCGGCUCGGGCUCGGGCUCAGGCGGCGGCGCCACGGCCUGCAGAGUGAUGGCCGUGUCCUCCGCGCGCCUCUGCGCCCGCUACCAGCGCGGGGAGUGCCAGGGCUGCGACCAGCUGCACUUGUGUCGCCGCCACAUGCUGGGCAAAUGCCCCCACCGCGACUGCUGGUCUACCUGUUCUUUGUCCCAUGAUAUCCACACACCCAUCAACGUCCAAGUCCUGAAAAACCGGGGGCUUUUUGGCCUCAAUGAAGCGCAGCUUCGAAUCCUGCUUUUGCAGAACGACCCCUGCCUUUUUCCAGAGGUCUGUUUGCUGUACAACAAAGGUAGUGAUGCCCUCUAUGGCUACUGCAACCUCAAGGAUAAGUGCAACAAGUUUCACGUAUGCAAAGCCUUUGUGCGGGGCGAAUGCGCAUUUCAGCCCUGCAAACGGUCCCACCAGCUCAUCCAUGCUGCCACUCUGAAGUUGCUAGAGGACCAGGAACUUAGUGUUUCGAGCGUCGUGAAUUUCCAGAUCAUCUCUAUCUACAGACAUAAGAAGUUGCACAAGAUGCUUGAAGAAAGCUCAUCUCUCUUCCUUUCAGACAACCCAGCUUCUACUGAGCAAUCUCAAGGCCUUGGGAAACAAGGAGCCCUCGGGCCCGGGGCUGUGGAAGCCAGGCCUUUCCUCCCUGCCCGUGCUCAGUUGCCCAGGAAGCCCCAGUAA